AUGCCAACUCCUAUCGUGGACUCUCAUAUUCACCUCUUCCCAGCCUCACACCUACCAACAUUGGCCUGGUACAGCCCCGGUAGCCCGCUUGGCUCACAACACAGCGUCGAUGAGUACCGACACGCGUCAUCUUCCAUUUCUACCCAAAGCGAUAUUACCGAUUCAAAAUACCUUAGCGGAUUCAUCUUCCUCGAGACAGAUCGCAUCUCAUCUGUGGUGGAUGAUCAGCCAGAUAGCCCAGGCUGGACACAUGCUCUCGACGAGGUGUCCUUCCUAACACGCAUUGCGCUCGGGGAGCCGGUGCCUGGAGAAGGACAUGACGCAGCACACAAAGACCUCUGUUUGGGAAUCAUCCCAUGGGCACCAGUUCCAGGGGGCCCAGAAGCCUUGAGAUCAUAUAUGGCCAAGGUUAAGGAGCGGACAAGAACGGAGCAAAUCUGGAAUAAGGUGCGAGGUGUGAGGUACUUGGUUCAGGAUAAGCCAGCGGGAGUGAUGCUUCAGCCGCACUUUGUGGAGGGCUUGCGCUGGUUAGGACAGCAAGGUCUGAUCUUUGAUCUGGGGGUAGAUGCCAGACAAGGUGGGUUGCAUCAAUUGCGCGAAGCAGUGGAGAUGAUGGAUAGGUUGGGUGAUGCGAGUACGGUGAUAAUCAUCAUAAAUCACCUUUGCAAGCCGAAUCUACGCCUUUCGCCUGACUCCGUCCCUUCUCACCCGGAGUUCCUGGAAUGGAAAGAACUGAUUACGAAAAUGGCCCAGGCAAGCUCUAGGACCUACAUGAAGCUCUCGGGCGCAUUUUCAGAGCUACCUCCGUUGGAUUCUGCGGUCAAACCUGAUAUUUCCAAUCUUGUCGAUCGCCUUCAACCUUGGACAGAUGUGGUGUUCGACGCGUUUGGAGCCGAGCGCGUGAUGUUCGGCUCGGAUUGGCCUGUAUGCAAUAUUGGUGGUGGAGGCAAUGAUGUUUCGUGGAAUCGGUGGAUCAGAGUAGUAGAGGGGAUUCUCGAGAAAAGAGGAUUGACCGAGGAGCAGAAGCAGGGUGUUUGGGGCCAAGUCGCGGUGAAGGCAUAUGGCAUAAGCAUUUGA